AUGAAUGAACAAGAAUUAAUCCCAGAAUUACCGGAAGAACUUGCUUUGGAGUGCUUGACUCGGUUGCACUACUCAGCGCACCGAGUUUCAUCCCUUGUAUGCAGACGUUGGCGGGAGCUUAUUCGGAGUAGGGAUUUCUAUUACCAUCGGAAGCGAACUGGGUUCACUCGGAAAGUAGCAUGCCUCGUUCAAGCAAUACCAGUUCAUGAUUCCGAGUCGAAGCCGGUGGGUCAGCCCAGGUAUGGGAUUUCAGUGUUUGAUCCGGUGUCUCGGUGUUGGGACUGGGUUGAACCGGUACCGAAGUACCCAGAUGGGUUGCCUUUGUUCUGCCAAGUUGCCAGUACUGAAGGGAAGCUUAUUGUGAUGGGAGGAUGGAACCCAUCGAAUUGGGACCCGGUUAAGGACGUGUUUGUGUACGAUUUCACGACUCGGAGGUGGGUUCAGUGUGCUGAUAUGCCCUCAACUCGGUCAUUCUUUGCCAUGGGGACUGUGGAAGGGAAAGUCUUGAUUGCUGGAGGGCAUGACGAGAGCAAAAACGCCUUGAAAACAGCGUGGCUCUUUGACAUCAAGAAGAAUGAGUGGGUUGAGUUGACCCGGAUGAGUGAGGAACGAGACGAAUGUGAAGGGAUAAUAAUUGGGUCUGAAUUUUGGGUGGUGAGUGGAUACGACACCGAGUCGCAAGGCGCGUUCAAAAAGAGCGCAGAGGUUUAUGAUCUGAGUACUGGUGAGUGGAGGCGAGUUGAGGAGGCGUGGAGGGCGAGUCAGUGUCCGAGAUCAUGUGUUGGCGUGUUGGGUGGAAACUUAAUUUGCUGGGCGGAGUUAGACUCGGGUGUACGAGUCGGGACGUGUGGUUUCGAGGUUGGGGAUCGGAGCCUGGUUACAGGGUCAGCUUAUCAGGGUGCACCACAUGGGUUCUUUUUGGUGGAUAAGAAAGAAGGGCAAAAUGGAAAACUCGUGAAAAUCAUCGAUGGGUCUCUCGAUUUUUCUGGUCUUGUGCAAUCAGGAUGCUGUGUGGAAAUUUAA